CCCACGAUCCCACGAUUGUGAUGUGAGCCUGUCCAGCCGAAGACUUCUGUUGCUCUCUCCGCUUCUAUAAAUACUAGCCAGACCAAUGUAUUGCGGCUGCUCGCUGAUCAUUCAUCCAUCCAUCGGCAAGCAUAUCAUUCGCCCACUCAUCACUAGAACAUCGCUCAAGCGCUGCUCACAAGCCCGCCUAUGUACGCAUUGUCGGCCGUUCGCCUCGUUGUUGUCGUCGUCGCCGCCGUCGGCCAUUCGUCAUCAUCGUCGCCGCCGGCCGCUCGUCAUCAUCGUCGCCGGUCAUGCCGCUCUUCGUCGGCCACACACGUCGCCGGUCGCUCGUUGGUCCGCGCCACUCAUCGUCGACGUUGCCGGCUGCUCAUCAUCUGCACCGCCCACAAGCUGCGACACACCGGCGGUUGCUCAUCCACAUCACCACUUCACGGGAGGAAAGCCAAGGCAAGGUUUAUGGAAGGCUAGGGACUUGGAUGCUUUAAGGUACGAAGCUACUAUUCUCAGGAGCAAUGCUACGAGUACGAUGAUGGUCCGCCCGAGGAUUCCGGAGGGAAUUGAAGCUAACAAAGGGUAGGUGGUCUAUGAUACUCCUUACUAUGAGUAGCCUUAGGAGCCUUAGGAUAACGAGCACACUAAUUGACUACUUUUACAAAGUAUAGAAUUGAUCUACUACUGAGUGCGGCGUUUCUGCUUCCGGGCUCAGCUGGCUCUCUACAAAAAAGACAAAAUCAGAGUCUGUAAAAAAGUUUACUGUUCACACACUGUUUUGAUCCGAUUUGUCUUUUUUGCCGAGAGCUGCUCAGAUAUUCAAAUGAGUUGAAAUUUUGAGUGGACCUCACGCAUCAAAUGAUCUACCACACAAAAAAAUGGAUUUUUUUUGAAUUUUUCUAGUAUUUGUUUUUAAUUUUUCUGGCCGGGAGCAGAUGAGCCUGUGCACCGAUUUGGAUUUUCGUCUGCUACUACUCUAACAUCUAUCUUGG